UGCUUUUGAAUCGGAUGAUUCGUGUGUUUAUUUACUCACCAACACUGUAUGAUGUGUAUAAUAUAAUAAUUCUAAUUAAAUUUUUUAACACGUCGACAAAAACAUUUCCGAUUUGAGAGAUAAUCGCGCUUUAUGCAUGACCUACUAUGAUAUAUAAUAUAAUCUGUGCAUUCGGUUGCGACAGCACAAAAAUGAAAUAUUUCGCGGUCGUGCUUGUUGGUUUAGUGGUUGUGUUGGCUAUUGAAGGAAAGGCCCAGUGGGGACCCCCUAAUGGGCACCCGAGAGGACCGCCACCCCCAGGACAUCCCCCACAUGGACCACCCCCACGUGGGCCGCCUCCGGGUCAAAGCCCAUCGGAGAGUACCACAGCAAGUACCACGGAAACGAUAACGGAAGCGACUUCGUGAAUAAAGUUUUUUGUACUUCCCAUAAAUUAAAUAAAUAUA